UGGAGUGGGAAAAUGAAGAAACUCAAUCUGUUUUCUCUCCCCUUUUCAAAGAAGAAUGGUGGUAAUUGUGAGGAAGAGUUGCCUUAUCUCAGUCACAGAAGAAUGGUGAUAAUUUUGCGGAAGAGUUGCCUUAUCUCAGUCAUGAGAAGUCAUCCAACAAACGGUUGGGAGACACAGAAGGGAAGCUACUCCCAUGUAUUCUAGAAUUUUCCUUCCGUCACAGGAACUGGAUAUAGCAAUGGACUUUGUGAGCCCAAUAGUGGAUGUUACAUGCCGAUUAUGUGGUUGCAUCGCAAACACUACCAACUAUAUUCAUCAUCUCCAACAUAAUCUCAACUCUUUGAGAAUCGAAAAGGAAAAAUUGAUCGAGCGAAGAAACGAUGUGAAGAGACAAGUUGAAAGUGCCGAGAGACGACAAAUGUACCGAACGGAACAAGUAGAUGGCUGGCUUCGUAGAGUAAACCAGCUGGAGAGGGAAGUGGACCAGAUUCUCCUUCAGGGUGAUGAAGAGAUCCAGAGAAGAUGUCUCAAGAUUUGCCCCGGAAGUUGCUUGUCUAGACACAAGCUCGGGAAGAAAAUAUCUAAGAAGCUACGAGUUGUGGCUGGUCUGAACAGUGAAGGGGAUUUCAGCACAGUGGCUGUAACAUUGGCCCCGCCACAUGCCGAAGAAAUUCCUCUGGACAGGAUUGUGGGCUUGGAUUCGAAUUUUGACGAGGUCUUGAGACUCCUCAGAGAUGAUGAUAAUGGAGUGGGAAUCAUCGGAAUAUAUGGAAUGGCUGGAGUUGGGAAGACGACUCUAUUGAAGAAACUCAACAAUGAGCUUGCGACUCGGUUCAGUGGAGAGUUCGAUGAGGUGAUAUGGGUUGUUGUGUCCAGAGAUGUAAGUAGCGUCGAAAGCGUUCAAGAUAAAAUUGGGAAGAAGCUAGGAUUUCCAGGCACUUGGCGGAGCAAUAAAAGCCAAGAUGAGAAGAAACAAGACAUCUUUAGGUUCUUGCGGGGGAAGAAAUUUGUGCUACUUUUGGAUGACAUAUGGAAGCAGAUUGAUCUUCUCGAAGUGGGAGUUCCAGUACUUUCAUACAAGGCCAAGGUAAUAUUCACCACCAGAUCUGAGGAGGUGUGUGGUCUUAUGGAAGCCAAGAAGAAGAUUAAAGCGGAAUGUUUGGUAUGGGAACAAGCCUGGGAUUUGUUUAAAGAUAAGGUGGGAGAAGAAACCCUUAAUUCUGACCCUGAAAUAAGAAAGCUCGCACAAGAUGUUUGCAAAGAAUGCUCCGGUUUGCCACUGACAUUGAUUACAAUUGGACGAGCCAUGGCUAGCAAGAGAACCCCCCAUGAAUGGGAUUAUGCAGUAAAUGUGUUGAAGAAAUCAACAUUCAAAUUUUCAGGUAUGGGAGAGCAAGUGUUUCCUCUUUUAAAAUUUAGUUAUGAUAACUUAUCUGAUGAAACAACUAAGAUUUGCUUCCUAUAUUGUGCUCUCUACCCAGAAGAUUGGGACAUCUAUGUUCCCGAUCUCAUAAAAUUGUUUAUAGGUGAGGGGUUUUUGGAUGAUGAAUGUGAUAACAUCGAAGAGGCUUGUAAAAUGGCAUAUGAAAUUAUUGGUAGGUUGAAGCGUACAUGCUUGUUGUUGGAGAGCAAAGAAAGCCAUUCUUUUGUGAACAUGCAUGACGUGAUUCGGGACAUGGCAUUUUGGAUAGUUUCAGAGAAUGGAAGGAGGGAGAUGAAAUAUUUUGUGCAAGGAAAUCUUAAUUUGACCAAAGCACCUCCUAUUUCUAAAUGGGAGAAGGCUGAGCGAGUAUUUUUGUUGAGGAAUUCCAUUGAAGACUUAAGCGGAACUCCUAGAUGUCCCAAUCUCUUGACUUUAAAUCUUAGUUGUUCCGAUCACUUGUCUGGUUUUCUUUCUAAUAGUCGUCUAAUGACCAUUUCUGAUAACUUUUUCCAGUUUAUGCCGGUUCUCAAAGUUCUGGACCUGUCAGGAAAUGAAUAUUUAACGAAGUUACCGUCAAGCUUUUUCACGUUGUUUUCUUUACAACAUCUUGAUCUCUCAUUGACAGGCAUAACAGAGUUGCCAAUUGAGUUUAAGUCGUUGGUAAAGUUGAAAUAUUUGUAUAUGAAUGAAAUGCAUAAACUUGAUAUGAUCCCACCACAAGUCAUAUCAAGUCUUUCCAUGUUGCAAAGAGUGGAGAUGAAAGCUAGUGGUGUUUCAAGGGUAUUUGAUGAAGGUAGCAUUUUUUAUGGUGGCAAUGAAUUGUUAUUGGAUGAAUUGGUAAGCUUGAAUCACCUGCAAUACUUAAGUCUGUCUGUAAAAACUGAACUGGCACUCCAAAAAUUACUAAGUUCACCGAAGUUACGAAGUUGCACGUUUGGUUUAGGCAUCGAACAUUGCCAAGGCUCGACUUCACUACCACUGUCUUCUCUACAGAAAAAUAUUAAGAGACUCGAAUUUUUAGAAAUUAAAUUUUGUUAUUAUUCAGAGGUGUUGUCAAUGAGCUGCGAUAUGAUAGAUGGAAGCAGAAGCUUCCAUAACCUCAGGAUAAUCUGGAUCACACACUGCACGGCUUUUAAGGAUCUAACAUGGCUAAUUUGCGCGCCAAACCUUCGAGAGUUGGAAAUUUCUUGCUGUUGUGCAAUGGAACAAGUAAUAAAAGAUGAUGAUAUUGGUAGGGAAGGAAGUUUGGGUGUGUUCGUGAGGCUACAAAAAUUGUUUCUAGAUGCACUGCCAAGGUUGAAGAGCAUCUACAGCCAUUCAUUGUCCUUCCCCUCUCUGAUCCACAUUAAAGUGCAUGACUGUCCGAGGCUUAAGAAACUUCCUUUUGACUGCAAUAGCGGCAAAGACACUCUUCGAACAAUUCAGGGUGGAAGAGGGUGGUGGGAUAAGUUGGAGUGGGAAAAUGAAGAAACUCAAUCUGUUUUCUCUCCUCUUUUCAAAGAAGAAUGGUGGUAAUUGUGAGGAAGAGUUGCCUUAUCUCAGUCACAGACAAAUGGUGGUAAUUUUGAGGAAGAGUUGCCUUAUCUCAGUCAUGAGAAGUCAUCCAACAAACAGCUGGGAGACACAGAAGGGACGCUACUCCCAUGUAUUCUAGAAUUUUCCUUCCGUCACAG